CAAAAACCGAGAAGUGGGAUGGAUCGAGAGCCUUGGCGUUGGAGAGCAUAUAACCGUAUUUUAAACCGAUACAUCAAUUAGUAAGAGAAGGCAUUGUAUCGGAAUAGUUUAUCGGAAUUGGACCCACUGCUUACCUGGAUUUUAGUCGUCGACAAUGUAUUUUAAUUGUGCAUUCAUGCAAAGCAUACACUGCAGUUUGUAAUCAUCGGAAUCCGCUUGCGUGACACGUUUAUUGUCGAAGAAAUUGGAUCUUAUUCUAAUUUAAACAAUUUGACAAACUAAUGUAGAAAAAUACAAAAAUAAAAUGUGUGUGUUAGGCCAAUACACAAUGUAAGAAAAUCAUAUGUUUGAUUGAAUGUAUUGGAGGUUUCGCUUGGGAUAAUUGCCUGCUAAAUGCAAAGGAGUACGGUUCAGUUUAGCGUCGGACAUCGGAGUAGAUGUUUAUAUGGACCUUUCUCGCAAUGGAUUUGGUCUUACAUGGGGAAAUUAUGCUAUUAUUGAGUGUAUAGCUGUAGCAGUAGGGCUACUGUUUGUCAGAAGUCUUCUGCCACCUUAAAAUCCCAAAUGAAGAUUCCAAAAAGACGGAAAAGACUAACGUGCCGUCUCUGCGCCAGAUAAAUGGCUCAUUUAAGUUGGGAGCUGCCCGCGUUCUGUCGGGCUGGCAGAUUCAGUGCCUAGUGCCAGGCCUCCAGGACCACGCCAACAUGAAUGGGGCUGGGGAGACGGCAGACAUACUGCCGCCUAACUGCAUGGUCAAGGACCGAUGGAAAGUGCUGAAGAAAAUUGGAGGGGGAGGUUUUGGGGAGAUCUACGAAGCUCUGGACCUGUUGACUCGGGAGAACGUGGCAUUGAAGGUGGAGUCGGCCCAGCAGCCCAAACAGGUCCUGAAGAUGGAGGUGGCAGUCCUGAAGAAAUUGCAGGGUAAAAACCAUGUUUGCAAGUUUAUUGGCUGCGGGAGAAAUGACAAAUUCAACUACGUGGUCAUGCAACUUCAGCAGGGACGCAAUUUGGCAGACUUGCGGAGGAGCCAGCCUCGGGGGACUUUCACCAUGAGCACCACACUCCGCCUGGGGAAACAGAUCCUGGAGUCUAUAGAGGCCAUCCACUCUGUUGGCUUCUUGCAUAGAGAUAUCAAACCGUCAAACUUCGCCAUGGGAAGGCUGCCUUCAACCUUAAGGAAGUGUUACAUGUUAGACUUCGGCCUCGCGCGGCAGUACACCAAUACCACUGGAGAAGUCCGCCCUCCGAGAACUGUUGCAGGUUUUCGAGGAACUGUCCGAUAUGCCUCAGUCAACGCACAUAAAAACAAAGAAAUGGGCCGCCAUGAUGACCUAUGGUCUUUAUUUUACAUGUUGGUGGAAUUUGCAGUUGGACAGCUACCAUGGCGAAAAAUCAAGGACAAGGAGCAAGUUGGGCAGAUUAAAGAGCGAUAUGACCAUAGGAUGUUGCUGAAACACAUGCCGUCAGAGUUUCAUAUCUUCCUCGACCAUGUAUUGGGCCUGGACUACUACACCAAGCCGGAUUAUCAGCUGCUGAUGUCGGUGUUUGACAACAGCAUGAAGGAGCGCAUCAUCACGGAAAAUGAGCCGUUUGAUUGGGAGAAAGGAGGGACAGACUCCACACAGUCAACAAGCGCCUCCACCCAACCACAGCACAACACACGGCCCACCGUCGCCAUGGUGGGAGCCCUAAACACCCCGGUGCCCAGAGACCUCCAGAGAGAGAACACGGAGAACGUGCUCCAGGACGAGCACCUCAGCGACCAGGAGAACGCCCCUCCGGCCCUGCCUCCCAGUGGGAGCCGCCAGGGGGACGAGGGCGGUGGCCAGACGCCCGCAAAGGGCGAGGGAUGGGAGGACACAGACUUCAACCGCAACAAACUCAGGAUCAGCCUGGGCAAGGGGGCCCAGGAGGGGGAUGAACCCAGCAGAGGGGCCUGUCCCAUGUCGCUGUGCCGGGCAGGAGGGGCCCCAGAGUCCCCCAGUGGCCAGGUGCGCUCCCUCCGGUACCGCCGCAUCAACAGCCCAGAGUCAGACCGCAUGUCGGCUGCUGAUGGGAGGGCCGUCGACGGCUAUGGCCAAAGUAUCAGGUCCCGCAUGGACAUCCUGGGCUCGCCCUCGCGCCACAUGUACUCGUCCCAACCAGCCAUGAUGCUGUCUGUGGACGACGGCCUGCAGCGCGGGCGGCACGGCGAGGGCUCGGUGGCGUCCGUGGACCAGGAAGCCCACAGCAAUGCCUUUAUCAGAUCGGUGCCGCUAGCCGAGGAGGAAGACUUUGAUAGCAAGGAGUGGGUGAUCAUUGACAAGGAGACGGAGCUGAGGGACUUCCAGCCCACCACGUCGGGCACCACCGAUGAGGAGCCUGAGGAGCUGAGGCCCCUGGAGGAGGGAGAGGAGAGGAGGAAGCUGCGGGGAGGAGGGGCGGAGAUGGUGGUGCGGCCCAAGACGACCCACACAACCAACAGCAGCCGGGGCAUGCUCACGCUCACCGAGGAGGAAGCCUCCAGACGAAGUGGGGGAAGCCCCGCCAUGUCGCCCUGUCAUUCACUCCCGUCAGGCCGUCCUGUCGGACCCCAAAGACCGAUGAUCAUGUCUCUGACUGAGCACACUGGCCUAUAUCAGCCCUGUCCAGACUUCAGGACCAAGGGCCAGAUGGAUGAGAAGGAGUAUUUCCACAUCCUUCCCCAACUCCAGGUCAAGAGGGCCGACUUCCUCACUGUCAUGCUGACCGGCACCCUUCCUCAGCGGCGAACCUUCCCAGCAGCUCUGUCGGCAGAGAACGAGGUCCAGGAGCCCCAGAGCCCGCGGGACGAUGAUGUGUCCAAGAGUGAGUCAAACAGCGAGGCCAGCCAAAAAAGCACAGAGCGGAGCCAGGAUGGGGCCCCUGACACCCUCAUGGCCGGCCCCCGGGAACCCGCCUCAGCCGCAGAUGCUGACCCUGACUUUGAGGACGGCUCCAAGACCCUGGUUCUGUUCUCGCCGGGGGAUACCCAGAAGUCUCCAUCCACUGGGGGAGAACACGUCCUGCUCGAGGUUGACUUCGGGACACCGUCUGCCUCUACCCCUAGGAACGAUAUGCCUCUGGUGGGUGCGGGCAGCCAGCCAGAGCUCUCCUUCACACUGAGGUCGGACUUGAGGCCAUCCACCCCUAUCGCCCCCGCAUCUCCCCCCUUCACCAAAGUUGAGCUCACCUUUGUCCACAUCUCCGAGACUUCCCACUUUAACAUCAUGUCUUCCAGAGGUCAAACCGCAAAGGAGAGCAGCGACCACUGCGACAUCUCAGCCGUUACCCAGGAGGCCUUACCAUGGGAAGGAGACACCCGUGAACAGACCGGACAUGUCGAAAAGGGUGAGGAAUCCCAGAGUCCUUCCAGAGAGCCCGAAGCCCAUUCUAUCCCAGACGUGACCCUGGAGAAUGGUGUCACGCGCACCAAACCGGACGACCGCCCACCGCUGGUCUUCGUCAAGUCGUUGGAGCCUGUCCCGGAAGCCAUGUCGCCCAUUCUGGAACACAAAACUCUCUCUGUAGAUUCCAACAAGGGUCCAUUGUCUACCGAAGGUAUUGCCAACGCUGAACUACCGCAUACCACCCUCAUGCGGAGGAUCAAAAGCCGCAUCCCGGUUCUACUGUCUGAAGAGGGCACAGGCUCGGAGCAUUCAGCCUCGCUCUCUGCCCGGGCGCAACUACAGAAGAGAGCCCGGAAACUGGACCUGGCACGCCUGGUGGUGCAGAAGCAGCAGGGCCGCUGGAUGAGGCUGCCCUCGGGGACAUCCUCCUCGCUGUCCUCCGGCGACGGGAGGGCCUCCGAGACGCUCUCCACUACCGGCUCGGAGGAAGACACCCAUGCCUCGGACGAGUCUCUGGCCAGGAGGAGGUCCUGUCUGAAGGCCAGGGCAGGGGCUGGAGGGGACCAGGGCCAGACGGACUGGCACAGCAGGAUCCCCAGGCCCGUCACCCCCAUCAAGAGGCCCUCAGGGUGGCUGCUGGCCUCCGUGUCCUCUCCUCUCGCUCUGCCAGGAUCGGGCAUUUGUAGAGAUGCAUCCACCUUUUGUAAUAGUCUCCAAGUUCAGAAAAUAGGACUAAGCACUCUCCCAACCCAGAGGCGGUCUAGACCUCUGCAGACCGGCUCCCCUUCUUCCUCCUGUCCAAGGCCCUGUCCUGUCCCCGCCCAGCCCUGCGGCAGCCCCCGAAUGCCCCUGCACUGCGUUUUCGUGACCCAACGCAGCUUAAGCACUUUCCACUGCAGGUCAGACAGCCCCUCCCCCCAGCGUCUCCAUCCAACUAGACAGUCCCUCUCUGUCCGGCCCACAACUGCCCCUCCCCUCCAGCCCAGGGCUAAUACUACUACUACUACUACCAGCAUAAAACGGGCCAACUCACAGGACACCUUUACCCAGGUGUCCACCGCUAUGCCUGCCAGAAUCCGAGCCAAAUCCACGGGCCCUGCCAAAGCGAAACAAAGCACAGGGGACAAGAUGGCUGCCGCGAGAUAGUAAACAGAUUCACUGGGAAGAAACGCAUAUGCUUCUCUGUUGUCCUUAGAAAGACUCAAUGCUUCAAAAAGCUCCAGCACGGACCUAAAUUAAGACUGACGCGGUUUCCCAUCUUUUUUUACCUACUUUGAUCCAAACCAUGUAUAGUGGGGCAAAAAAGUAUUUAGUCAGCCACCAAUUGUGCAAGUUCUCCCACUUAAAAAGAUGAGAGGCCUGUAAUUUUCAUCAUAGGUACACUUCAACUAUGACAGACAAAAUGAGGGGGAUAAGAAUCCAGAAGUUGUAAUCUUUCUCAACUCACAAGAUUCUCACACCGAUAUACUAAGUUAUCAUCGACAAUAUUCUGCUCACUUUAUAUUGCAUGGUAUAGAUAUCACAAACACUUUUGAUAAGUUGACUAAUGUUAAGGAAAUGUACGACACUCUCAAUCUUCUAAUGGUCUGACGCGAUAACCAAUUCUGAUAGGAUGCAAAGGCCAAAAUCAUUCCCAACUCUGGUCAGAUGUGUUAAAAGGUUGGAUUAUGGGUUAGAUUACUGCCAAUAUUAAGAGAACGCAGAAGUAAUAUUGCUGGCCUCCUUGUUAGUGUGUGACAAUGGGCAUGCUUUAUAUCAUUCAAUUUUUUGGGUGUUUGAUUAUAUUUAUGUUCAAAAGUGUAUAUAAUAUGAUAAUUUCUUGAAAAAUACAUUUUUAUUUUUUACCUUGCGAAAACAACCUGUAUAUUUUGUCUUUCCUCCUCUGAACAAUGUUGGCCUGUUUUUUGUUUGUUUUUUUACGCAUGAGAAAAAUAGCGUUAACUUUGAGUGAUAGAUACCUACCUUUUUAAUGUUCUGACAAUGACAUGUUUGGUGGAUCAUUGGAACCCAUGUUUUGUGUUUGUAUUGGGCAAAUGAAACCUACAGUUGCAGGGCACUGAGAUAAAGUUAAAUAAUGGUCAUGUGGAAUGACUAUCUCCGGUUUCAUUUCUACACUGUUUGCCAGAUCUAACCAUCACCCCUAGAAAGGACUACUUAUUGUUUUCAUCCUCUCCUUCUAAUCAGGGACUUUAUUCACCAGGUGACACCAGGUGAGUGCAAUAAAGUACCAGGUAGAAGAAAAGGUUUCGGCCCUCUAGGACUGGAACUGAACCAUCCUGGGCAACCUAGUAGGUCUGAAAGGUUCCGUAUCAGGGUGAAUUGACUCAGAGACACGUUUUUUUAAGUGUUUCCACAAUUAGGACAUUUUAUUUUGAAAAGGUAAAGUUACAGUACAGACGUGUACAAAAACGACAUGUGGUUGAAUACCAUACACAAGAUCAAAUGGUACAUUUCACACAGACACAUACGUUUCCUCACAGCAGUAAGUCCAGUCUCUUCCUAGUUUAGGGACAGGCAGCUUCUCUAAUUGUCUGUCUCCAAUCGUAAAGGCCAUGUGUGACAUUUUUUUAUAUUUUUUUCCAUAUCAGAAUAUUCUUGAGCAAGUACAUAACCCACAUUUGAAUAGUAUUAAAUUAAUUUUUGAUCCAUUCCAACAAGAAGCAAUAGAUUGAAAAUAAUACAAGUUAUGUACAUAGGAAUAUGUUCCUUCUGUAGCUCAGUUGGUAGAGCAUGGCGCUUGUAACGCCAGGGUAGUGGGUUCAAUCCCCGGGACCACCCAUACGUAGAAUGUAUGCACACAUGACUGUAAGUCGCUUUGGAUAAAAGCGUCUGCUAAAUGGCAUAUAUUAUUAUUAUUAUUUAAUUGCAAUGCAUUGCAGUGUAGUACUGUUCUGAGACUAAUGGUCUCUUGGAGUUGCCUUUUUAAAUUCUGUUAUAUAUGCACUGAAAGUUGAAACUAUGAGACCUGAGAGAUAUCAAGUAGAAGGGAGGCCUCCCUUUCUCCCUGCCCCACUUUUUGAGUUCUCCUAGUGAGUUCGGAAAAACUGAAAGUAUACAUCUUAGAAAUAGUUUUCACAUACAAAAUGUGUCUGAACUCAAAAUCAACAUGCUUCCCAAAAAUAACAUGGUCACUGUGGUUAUUUUGAUUGGCUAUUUUUCUGCAUUUAUCAAAGUCCCAUCAAGUAGCCUGAUUUUAAGUGUCCAAGUAAACAGGAUUAUUAGGGAAAUCAUUCUUCUGGCAAAGCAUGUAAACGUAUUAAUCAAACUAUUAUUCUGAGCGAAUGUAAACGUACCAAGUGAGAGCAGAGAGAGUUCAUGGGAUUAUUUACAUCAAUGAAAAUCUGAAUACCGGAAUAAAGGAUUUGCAAGACUGAAUGAACUAGGGAAAUAAUGUUGGGUUAGCUAAUAAACCAAAGAUACUGGAGAGUUGGCAAUAUUGUAUCUUGUAUCCUACAACGCAAGCUGGAUCUACUGAGGGUUUUCUGAAGCUGCACAUUCAGUUAGCUUCACAUUCCAGCUCAGGCUUGUAACUGCACGUGCAUGUAGCACAUGGCAAGACGAACGCCGAAUUCUUCGUUGAGACAAUGCUGAAACAUCAAUCCAUGGGAGAGUAAGUGCCACAUUUUCAUUUGGGUCGAAAUCAAAAGGAAAGAAAAGUUGUCUUGCAAAAUCAGCAGGCUAUGGUGACACAAAUACGCUUUUAGAAGUGCCGUCUUUAUUUUAUUACUUGUCGUUCAUGCUGUCUUGGUGUGCUUUGGUGUGCUAUUAUUAAGUCACACAAAAGUGUUACAUUGCGUGAAGUUGAAAAUCAAUUAUGUCAUUACUAAAUGUUCAAUAUGAUAUAUUUUAACAUUUAAAAAAAUGUACACCUUUGAUUAAUAAAAUAUUAAAUUAGUCGUCUUCCUCAAACGAAGGGGAUGAUGACGCAAACUUUGCAAGACGGAGGAAAUCUGAUUUGAUAGAUACAAACAGCGAGGCCUGGCAUGGUUUAAUUCAGGAUUGGUGGGUCCCCCACGGGACGGUUGAGCUAACGUAGGCUAAUGUGAUUAGCAUGAGGUUGUAAGUAACAAGAACAUUUCCCUUCCCAGGACAUAGACAUAUCUGAUAUUAGCAGAAAGCUUAAAUUCUUGUUAAUCUAACUGCACUGUCCAAUUUACAGUAGCUAUUACAUUGUUUGAGGAGAGUGCACAGUUAUUGUGCACAUAACUUAAAGUUAUUACUAAAUCAAUUAGGCACAUUUGGGCAGUCUUGAUACAAACAUUUUUACAGAAAUACAAUGGUUCAUUGGAUCAGUCUAAAACAUUUCACAUACACACUGCUGCCAUCUAGUGGCCAACAUCUAAAUUGCACCCGGGCUGGAAUAAUACAUUAUGACAUUUCUGUUGCAUUUCAAAGAUGAUGGUACAUUUUUUUUAUUGUAUUUUCCUUUACCAUAUCUAUUGUGUUAUAUUCUCCUACAUUAAUUUCACAUUUCCACAAACUUCAAAGUGUUUCCUUUCAAAUGGUAUCAAGAAUAUGCAUAUUCUUCCUUCAAUAAGUGAGCUACAGGCUGUUAGAUUUGGGUAUGUCAUUUUGGUCGAAAAUUGAAAAAAAGGGUCAGAUCCUUAAGAUGUUUUUAGCGUAACCAUGCUCCCGAGGAUGGGACAGCCAUAGGGUACUCCCGCUACUCCCCUGUAAUUAGCAUAACUUUGGCAUCAUCCUAAGCAAACUGCUGACCAUUUUUUGUAGUUUCAAUAAA